AUGCCAAAAGGAUUCCUGGUAAAAAGAAACAAGAAAUCUGCACAUGUUUCCUACAGGACUCGGUCAGACGAAGAUGACCUCCAGGAGCCACCCACCCCAGCUGCCUUGCCGUGUCAGGCGGACCCCUCCCCGCCGAUGUCCGUGGCGUCCAGUCCGGACCGCGCAGCAGCAUCGCCGGAUUUCACAGCAGCUGAGGCGCCGGUGCCAAGACUGGAGAAGCCGGCGCAGUUCGGCAACCCUGAGGCGGUGUGCCAAGCCCUCUACAGCCCCACCCGGCCCAUCAGCAAGGAGCACGACAGGGGAUAUUUUGAGCGAAGUUUCAAUCUAGGCUCGCCCAUUUCUGCCGAGUCAUUCCCGACACCUGCCUCCCUCUCCGGCCUGGACCAUCUCAUGUACGCCCCGGUCGAUCUGAAAAUCGGCACCAGCAACAGCAGCCGCAGCGGCACCACCACCAGCAGCCUCCCGGCACCGAGCAACCGGGUCGGUACCAAGAGACCCGCGGCGGACGGCACAGAGCGCAAAUCCAAACCUGCCUCCAAGAAACCCAAAGCCAUUAGAAAACUCAACUUUGAAGACGAGGUGACGACUUCUCCCGUGCUUGGUCUCAAAAUCAAAGAGGGGCCGGUGGAGAUGAAGCCAAGGGCGCAGUCCUCCGCAGGAAACAAACCUUUAGGGGAGUUUGUGUGUCAGCUGUGUAAGGAGGCGUAUGCGGAUCCCUUCUCUCUGGCUCAGCACAAGUGCUCCCGCAUCGUCAGGGUCGAGUACCGGUGUCCCGAGUGCGAUAAGAUGUUCAGCUGCCCGGCCAACCUCGCCUCUCACCGCCGUUGGCACAAACCCCGGACCACCGGCGUGCCGGCGAUGUCACCCGCACAGAGCAUCAAACCAGAGAUGGCCAAAAUGCCACCGCUUGGUGUCAAGUCAGUCUCCGACGAAGCCAAAGACAUGAGUGACAGAGACACCCCGAGUCCAGGUCUGUCCGAGUCUGGCUCUGAAGAUGGCUCUUAUGACUGCCAGUUCUGCGGGAAGAGGUUUAAGCGACAGGCAUACCUAAGAAAACACAUCAUGGGACACCAGGCCUUGCAAAAGAAAGUGCUGGAGGAGCACGGGUUUCAAACCAGCGACCGCGCGGCAGAGCAGGCUCCGGUCUCAUCCUCCUCCUCCUCAGCAGCAUCAUCAUCAUCCUCCUCCUCAGAGGAAGCCUCAAACCAAAGCCCACUCAAUCUGAGCCCGGUGGACUGCCUGCUGUGCCCGGUGUGCGGGGAGAGUUUCACCAGCAGGGCCGGCCAGGAGCGACACCUGCGCCUCAUGCACUCCUCCCAGAUUUACCCGUGCAAAUACUGCCCCGCCACUCUCUACAGCUCGCCGGGGCUCACCAGGCACAUAAACAAGUGCCACCCCUCGGAGAACAGGCAGGUGAUCCUGCUCCAAAUGCCGGUGCGCCCCGCCUGCUAA